AUGAUAAAAAGAAUCAUUUGCAGACCUACAAAAGUGCUUUUUUUGUUCAGGAAGGAGGAGCCUUUUCUGUACGGGCCAAGAGUAAAAAGCGCGCCUCCAAUUGAGAUUAACUUUGCAACAUUACCAAAAGUUGAGCAAAGGCCUGUGGCGAGAUUUACAAAAGCUGAUGGAACACCAAUAACGGAGGACGAUCUGCUGGACCUGACUACGGACAGUGAAUCGACCACGGACAGCGAAUCCGCAGUCAAUAAUAAUAAACAGGAUUUGAAUGCUGACGAAGCCGAAGUUAACGAGCAAAUUAUAUGUGCAGAAGUUAUUCAGAAAAGCAUUUAUGUUGAUGUGGUUGAGUCAAGAGUAGAGAGGGAUCAGCAAGAGACAGGGGUACCUGAUGAAAAUAGCAGAGCCAUCAUGCUAGAGAAUUUUUUGAAGAAAUUUUCAGGAAUGGAGAUUACGGCAGAGAAGCGGGAAUGUAGCUAUAGCAUUUCCGAGAUUCUGAAUGUUAAGGAAAGAAUAGCAAUACCUUUGAAUCUCAAGCUUAAAACCAAAGGGGAUGUGAAGCAUGUAUACAAGGUUGAGAAGAACAAGAAGGAGACAUCGAUUGAACUUGCAAGGCUUGAACUUAACAGACUCACAUCGAAGAACCUAGGGUUUGUUAUAAGUAAUCUCAAGGGCAUCAAAGUUGAGAGUAUUAAUGAAAUGAAGGAGAUAUCGACGAUUUUGUUUGACAAAGCGGUUUCCGAGCCGACUUUUGUGAAGUAUUAUGCCGUUCUUGUUCUUGAUAUGAAGAAGGAAUGGCAGUCUGAGGAGGAAAAGAGCAAGAAUGCAAGCCAGACGGUUUUCUUUGGGACGCUUCUUACACUGAUGCUGAAGACACUUGAAAACCGGGAGAAAUGGGGCGAUGGAAAAUACAGCAGCAAGGAAGAGAUGACUUUUGAGGAAAGAAAGAGCUAUGAGGAGAAAGUGGAGGAGGCAGAAACAGAAAGGUACAUAAAAAAGAGGAAAACGCUUGGAACAAUUAAUUUUUUGUCAUCACUUUAUUCAUUGAAUGCUAUAAGCUACUCACAUGUAAAUGCCUGUAUUGAAGCAUUGAUGAAGUCAAGGGAUGCUGAGAAUGUCGAAGUGCUAUGCUACUUUAUUGAGAGCAUUGGCGAAAAACUCGUUGUCAGUGGGAAAGAGCAUAUUAUUUCGCUGGUAUGCAGCAAUCUUGCGCAUGACAAAGAUAACUAUGAAAACAGAAUCAAAUAUAUGAUAGAAGCCCUACUAGAGAAGAAAGGACAAUGGAAGCCAAAGGAAACAAACACAAGAAAUUUGUUCUCAUGCCUAGAGGUUGAGAAUGAAGAACAGAAGGUGAAUCAAGUAGCACCUGUUUGUGCUGUUGCAGAUGUGUAUCCAUUUUUGUCAAUGAUGUCUGAAGAGCUAUCGAUAGCUUAUGAAGAGGAUGACAAGAAGAUUAUUGCAGAUAAUUUCAAGACUGGAGAGCUGAAGUUUGGGGAGUAUACUUUCUAUAAAGCAUAUUUCCAGGAGGCCAUUUCAAACCACAAGGCUUCAGAGGCGUUUUUUGAUCUAUUUAUUUCGUUCAGAGCUGCAGCCAGCAUCACCGAGGAUGAAUUGGCAAAUGUUUUACGUGAUAUCAAAAAUGACCUGGGAGAGAUAUCAAUUGAUUUCCCUAUUUCACUCAAGAAGUAUGCAGAGCUUAUAACAAAAUUGAUGGUAGAAGGCAUGUUGGCCAAGCAUGUAUUUGAGCAGCUAAAAACUGUCGAUUACGAAGUAAAAGUUGUGGAUCUUCUUUCGAAAUGGUACAGAUCUGAGAAUGACAGCAAAAAAGCACUUGCAAUUUUUCCAAGUGAAAAAAUAGAGGGAAUGAUCAGAAAAUAA